ACACGGACGAUAUGUCAACAACAAGCUAGUUCGAUUACACAAUCACCAUGCGCAGUGAAAAAAAGACCUGAAUAACUGUGGUACAAAGUUCAUUUCAGAAACGUGGUGUGCGUUUGUUCUUUUUUAAUCUACAAAACAUGCGAUCCAGUUGACCCAACCCACUGAAUUUACCCUGUUUUGGGCCUCAAUUCAAACUAGUAAGUUUUAUCAUUCAAGUUCAAGAUGGUACGUCGCGUUCUCGAUCUCGUAGGCCUACUCAUCCUGCAGUUCAUAAGUACGAGCCCCGUCGAAGCCUACCCGAACGGUGCACCAGCGGAUGCCUGCGCCAAAGCUGCCCCACAGCACCUAAGUAGUGAAGGGCAGAUGAUCAACCCCCAAACUGGGCCUUGUCCAUAUACUUUCACUGUAGAUUCAACAGUUUAUAAAAUCGGUCAGAAGAUUACCGUUACCAUCGAAGGGAGUCAAACGUUUGGAGGUUUCUUGAUCCAGGCACGUUCUGCUGAUGAUAAACCAGUUGGACGCUUCAAGUCGUUGCCGUCAAAUUCUCAGCUGCGGGGAUGCGGAGGUAGAGAUAACAACGGCGUUACCCACACCAGCGCGGAUCCUAAGCUUCCUGGAAUGAAGUUCGAGUGGUACACGAAGAAGAAUGAAGGGACCAUCAAGUUCUUUGGUACUGUGGCGAAAGAUCAUGACGUCUUCUGGACUGAAAUUACAUCAAGUGAGAUUCAAUAUGAUGACGAUGAGAAAGUAAUUAAUAUCGCAGUUUUGUAAAGCGUUCGCCAAAUUUCCUUUUUUUAAAUCACAUUUUAAAUUGAAUUCAACUGGCUCGUCCUGUUUAGUAGAUCCAUUGGUAUAUUUAUACAAUAUGACAUUGCGAACAUGUACUAUUCCAAGAGAUUUAAAGACGGCAAGAAUUACUCCAAUACAUAAAGGAGGAUCAUAAUGAUGUCGAUAAUUUCAGACCAAUAUCUGUUCUACCUGCCUUGUCUAAAAUACUAGAAAGAGCAAUCCUCAAUCAACUUUAUGAAUACUUGAAUGAAAACAAACUGUUCACGAAUUCCCAGUCUAACUGACAUUGUAGACUAUAUUUUGUUUAAUAAAAUGGAUCAGGUUCGAAUGAUCGGAGGUAUUUUCCUCGAUUUACGCAAAGCGUUUGAUGUUAUAUGUUAUA